GUGGACGCUAGGCCGAGUGGGGGCGGCCAAACCGGUGUCAGUUCGCAAACAGCCGAGGCCGUGUAAGAUUGUGUUUCCGAACGCAAGGCGACUUACGGGCGGUUACCGAACGUAAAAGAAAUGUCAGUUCACCCCGAUAUUUUUCGGCGGCCUACAUAAAUCCUUCGAUCUUUCGAACAAUUGUGUUCGUGCUAAUAAUGAAACAAUUUAACUGUGAAUUUUAAUAAGUUAUUACCGAAUCCCGUCGCGGAGUUUGUGUGAAUUACCACUUUAUUGCAAAUUUAUCGAUGUUGAAUGUGUUUUAGUAACCCAGUUGCGUACACCGUAACAAAAUAAGUUUGUAGUCGUAAUUCUGUGAAGUCUGUACUGUUUUCUAGUUGGAAGAUGUCCUGUGACUCUGUUUAUUAGCAUAUUGAAGUUGUUGUGAAACGGAUCGUUGGCUGUUGUGACCUUAUUCGAGUGGAUUACGUUUAUACAAUUUAGUAAUGACCUUCUAAAUGAAGGAGUCGUAUCCUGAUGAAAUUAUGCUCUGUUUCGUCCAAGGGUUUGGUGAGAGUGCGCGUGGGUUUAACAAGAACCGUGAGAUUGACGGCCAUGUGUCAGAGGCUGCUCUAAAGUACAAGAAGCAAAGCAAAAGAGUAUCACUUCAAGUAGAGGGUGGUGUGGUUGAGGAGCCAUUAGAGUUAGGAUCUAAGAAAUCGCAGGCGUUAGUGACUGGAAAGUCUUUGAGGCUGUCAUCUGGAGGACGGUUUCCAGAGGUAAAAAGGAGUCUGAGCGACCGGUUCGCAGUCAUCACUGAUGCAGGAGGGAAGAGGCCAGCGAAAGGCCUCUUGACCAUUAGAAAGACUUGGUCAACCGGCAAUUUCGCGGCUGGCGCGGCGGGUGGCGGGUGUGGGGCUCCGCGCUCCGCUCCCGCCACCCCGCUGCAGCUCGAACCACACCCUCGGUCCACUAAGCAUGAUAAACAAAACAUAAAGCCCUUGUCGGGCUCAGCGCCGUCCGUCCGCGCUCCACCGCCUAAUGCGACGGGUACGGGCGAUACGACCGACGGCAAGCAACCGAGCAAGUCACGGCAGAAAAAGUUCCAAAGGCACUUUCCUCAAGUGGGGCCCGAAGAGAAGGUGCUAAAUUAUUACUCAUGUGCCCUAGUUGGUGAUCUACUACUGCAAGGUCAUCUGUACAUCACCAAGAACUACUUCGCUUUCUACUCCAAUGUAUUUGGAUAUGUGACCAAGUUACUAAUCCCGAUAAUAUCAGUCCUCCGGAUAACAAAGGAGAAGGUUGCCCGUAUAAUCCCGAAUGCUGUAGGAGUUUGCACUCGAGAUGAGCGGCACGUGUUUGGGUCCCUGCUGUCGCGGGAUUCCACCUACAAGCUUAUGAUGCACGUCUGGAAGGCCGCCAGAGCACCCGAACAGGCUGUACCUAAACCACAGGACCUCAGAGCAUCAGAAGUAGAAUUAGAAGUGUCGGAGUAUUCGCCUGAAGAUGACAGCAGUUCUGCAGGCGGCGACCAACCUGAUGCCGCCUCACCGCCCGCCAGGCGAGAGUCCGAAGCUAUUAUAGCUGCAGGUGGCGCGGCGGUAAUACAACCAGCGCUACUGACGGGCAGUGCGGGAACUACACGGACGGCGGACCGAUGGUGGCGCCCUCUACUCGCCAUACUCGCCGCAUUCCUCACCUUCACAGCAUUUAUACUUGCUUACAAGUUGUAUUAUGCUUCGUAUCAGUCACAGGAGGAAACAGUAAAAUUAUCGGGCGAAGAGCUAUAUUCGGAGUUGGUACGAUGGCGGGCGCGGUUGCACGGACGGGCCGCGAACGAACUUCACUCAUUCCUAACCACCAACCUUUUGUUACUUACUAAGGUAAUUUAUUCAGUUAGACAAUCCCUAGAAGCGCUAUCGGGCGUGAUACUAACCGAUAUGGCUCAAUCAGGCACCAUGGAUCUCAACGUGGACCUUAAUCUAGACGUGCCCAACGAGACCCUGUUCAGUUAGCGAGCGACCGGACGGCCGACCCAGGUGACCAUAUUGUACAGCAUUAUAAUGUAGCAAGCUUAGGGUUGUCGUAGAUAUAUGAAAAUUAAUUUCCCAUUUUUCUCUAGUCUACUAGCAGACUUCGAUUGAGAUCUAAAUAAAUAAAAAUGCAUUUAAAAAAUAUCCGCAAAAUAUCCGACAUCGACAACCCUAGGUGAACUUCAUGCAAUAGUAAUUCGUUACGUCAGCGCUUGCUAGGGUUAUCACUAUGUGGAUAUCUCUCCGAGGAAAAUAUUGUAUUUAGUUCGACAGCUGUGCUGCAGAAUCCGACAAGGAAACGCUUUUCCAUGUCUCAGUGAGACGGAAGUGAUACUAGUUUUUAUUUAUUUAUGCGAUUUAUCUGUUUUAAAGUAGUCGCGGAUAAAUAUCCGCCGAUUUUGGUCUCAAAGAACAAUGAACUACUAAGGAGCGACAAAUGUUUGUUGAAUUUAUUAUAUUGUGAGGAACUUGUAAUAUAGGUGUCCAAAUAUUUAAGAACUAAUUGUCUAAGUAGAUGACAGUACCCACAAAGUGUAUAGGUAUUCUGCGGUUAUCUAGUGAAUUUCCCUGUUCCAUGCACUUGUAACAAUUAUUUAUUAAUAUCGGACCCAAAUUUAUAUUUUUUAUUAUAUAACUAUGCAUUUUAUUCGUAAUUAUGUUAUUCGAAUGAUCGCUUCAUUGUUAAAAAUGUUUUAUAAAAGCGCAUAAUCAUGAUAUAUACCAAAUAAUAUUCGCGUCUUCACAUGUCUAUGUUUUAGACGUUUUUGUUAACGCCUCGUUGUUUUAAAAAAAUCAAGUUCUUAAUGUUAAAUUAUGUUCUUGCUAAAAUGUUUUGCUUUUAGUCUAACUUUUACUAUACUGCUGAUAUUGUCGAAUUUUAAUUAUAUACAGAUUUCAACCUUUAUUACGUAGAUAUUUUAGUCUGCUAACAUUUUAUAUAGAGUUUUAAAGCCGUUGACAAUCUUUACUUCCAUAUUUUUUGUGUGUAUUACAGAAAUUUAUAUCAAAAUUUGUCUCAACAGUAUAGUAAAAGUAAGCAGUAAAAAUUUGCUCCUCUUCAUAUAUUAUCAUGUAUGUGAUUUGUAUAUACAGCGGCAUUUAGCCGUGAUGUCUAUAAGGCAUAGCUAUGUCAUAUUAAUUUGUGUCAAACACAAACGUACUAGGGUAAGUUGCGUGGUCGAGAUGAAUGGACGAUCACCUUGUAAACACGUUUUAUAAGUACACCGUGAAAUUGUACGAGAUAUUGUUUAACUAACAGAACUGAUUUAUUCUGUUCUUUAGUAUAAACGGCAUUUAUAACUAUCUCACUCGCGAUUCUUUACAACCGCACAAUUUUCUCUAGAAAUGUGCAAUCUACACGUUCCUUCGUCUCGGCUUAUUGAUAGAUAUUUUCAUAAUCACAAUUCUAUAUCUUUGCAAACUACAAUAUAUUCGUGUUACACAUUAAAUUGUAUGUGCUUAGUCUUUGUGGGGAACGGAUAAUGUAAGUCAAUGUUGCUAUUUCAUUAUUCCUGUAUUACUGCAUAUUUUAAUGUAAGAUUGACUUUUGACGUCAUAGCCACGUCGGACGGGAUUACAUUUUUAUUUAAAUUUUAAUAUACAUAUGUAUUUAUGAAGUGAAUCAUGAAAUAUUGAAUGUGACACAGUAGUGUGGUAUCAAUGGAGAGUAUACAAUUGUGAAUGUGAUAGAUGUCAGAAGGCAGGUGCUAGUAUUAGAUAAGAAGUUAUUGUAAAGCAACAUUCCUCGUUUGAGAAAGUAUCCACAGUAUGUGUCGAGAGAGUGGAGUGCGCCGCACGGGCCCAAUGCUCGCUUCAAUACAUUUAUUGCCAAAUAGUUUCGUAAUAUUUCUUGCCACUAUAAUGACACAUUGAGUAGCAACAAUAUCGUGCACCUAAUAUUUCUGUAUCGAUUUCAAAUACUAUAAAAAAACUUAUUUUACACAAAAUUUUAAUAAAUAUCGCAAACUGCUAUUUCGACAAUAAGUAAUUAGAAUAAACAUUGUAAUGAAAUAAUAGAUACGGAUUUUUUACAUUUUUAUCGAUGCAAGAAGUAUUAGGUUUGACAUUUAGUAUGAUUUUAGUAAUGCUAAAGUUUUUAAUGAAUAAGAAUCAUGCAGAAUGAAGGCGAGUUUUGGACAUUUUAAUUUUAAAAUAGUAUCGUUCAUAGUAACUACGUGUAAAGUUUAUGUAAUUAAUAAUUUAUUAUUCUAGUCUUUGGUCAAGCUCAAGGAUUUGUUAUUCGGUUCUAUUGGGGUUAGUAUGUACUUAGGAUGAUUUUAAAACUAUUGUAAAUGUGGAAUCAUGUUACGGGCACUUGUAAAGUUCGUGCAAUUAAGUGUUAUAUAAAUAUAUAAAUGAAUAUAUGACACAUUCUUAUUUAUUGUAGUUCCAAUUACUUUAUUUUGUACUGGAGUCAGUUUUAGGGUAUGUUGUAUAGUAAUUUGUUUAGCACAUUACUCCACAACAUUAGACGAUGCUAGCUAAUUAUUCCUCGAACAAUUCACUCGAUGUAUUCUGUACAAAUAUGUUCGUUGUAUCGCGUCACCUAGGUUAAUUGGCUGUUGUUAAUAUGUUAUGUAAUAAGGGCCUAAUGUCGUACUAGGUUACCAUCUGUGCCAAAGUGUUCCAUCACUGUUUGUAUUCCAAAUGACAAGUUAGGCCUUUAUACAGGUUAGAAGAAACGUUGUAAAUCAUUUAUAAGUUCUAGUACACGAUUUUAAACCCAAUGUUGUUCGUUUUAAAUAUCAUUCUCUAGUACUAGCGUAGAAGUCAUAGCGACUGGACCAAUGCGGCAAUUUAUUUUUCAAAUAUUCAAUGAAGUUCAAAUUUGGAACUUCUGAAGCGGAAAAUUCGCAAAAUUGCUAGAAAAAUGGUCAGCUAGUUCGACAUUACGAAUGAUUUUAAUUGUAUAAUUAACAGUUUUAACUAAGUAUUUGAAGAGAAUAGUUUACUUUGUCCUGUGCAAACGAUAGACUUACCAUUAUAGUAUCUAUCGUACAAUUGUUUAUCAUCGUGUACUAGAAUUUAUACUUAAAGUUUAUUAACGUGGCUUCUACCCAAUGUAUCCUUAUAGAUUUACCGACUUUUGCUUACCAAGUCACUGAGCAGUCGACAACAGGUUUCAAUUGUUGCAACUAAAUCGCUUCAAAAUGUCCUAAAGCUGUAUGUGUACACUUGCUCCAUAAUUUCGUGUUAUUUAAGGCUGUCCACGCUAUAAACGAGUCAUUUAUCAGAAAUGAAUAUUGCCAAAGACAAAAAACACUAGAUUAAAAACAAAAUAUCAAACGUAGAUUUAGUGAGGUUUGUACAACAGUUAGUUGUUAGGUAGGAUCGUGCUGUUCAUUUGAAUUAUAUUCAUGUAAAUAAUAAUAGAAUUAUUUUACGUAAUUUUUUAAUGUUUUUUUUUCUGGUGCAAUAUGAAAUAUCCAGUGAGAUGUAGGUGAUGUUUUAUCAAAAUUAUUUUGACGAACAAGCGUUUUUGUUUUGUUUCUCUUUAAAGAGUUUAGUGACGGCUCAGUAAAACAUCAUAAUGCACUUUAUAUGAAUUAAGCUUAUAGAAAUAUAAUUAUACUAAACCGACGUUGAUAUAAAGCUAAAUUUUUAUGUAUAUUAUAUGAAAAGUCAGUUUUUAAUAGCGUAAUUGUAUCAAAGGGUGAUAGAACUGAUUUAUUAGUGAUGUUUAAGUUGUACCACAUAGGAAUUGUUAUGGACGCGUAUGUUGUAUGAUUUCAAAGUUUGUUUUGUAUAUUUUUGUUUGAAAUUGUGAUUUGUUUGUUGAUUUUGUAAAUAAUAGAUAGAUGAGUUAAUUGAACAUGAA